UCACUUAUUGAAGAAACGAAACUUAGUGUUGCGAUGAAACCCCAGCAGAGUGUGUGUGAGUGUGUGAGUGUGUGAGAAAGAGAGAGAGUGUGUGUGUGUGUGUGUGUGUGUGUGUGUGGAGUCGCUACAGAACACCGUCAUUUAACUCGACAUUCUCUUCAUUCCUGCUUCUCCUACAGUCUUGAGCAUUUCUCACGUUGUACUUCAUGGCUGAAGUGACCGACGCCGUGGCUCUGCUGAGCCUCGAGGAAGAUCUGACAUGCAGCAUCUGCUUGUGUCCUUUCAACGAGCCGGUGAGUCUGAACUGUGGCCACAGCUUCUGCCAAACGUGUCUCCAGGAGACUUGGAGCAGUACGAGUUCUUACUUCUGCCCUCACUGCCGCACACAUUACCACACCAAGCCAGACCUGAAGAAGAACACGGUGCUCAGCGCGGUGGUGGAAACCUUCAGGGCCAAAGCUGGAACGGGGUCAGACGAAGGGACAGACGGCGUCUUCGGUGCCGCCGGCGCGAUGCGCUUAUCACGUCCCGAGCCCAAACCCAUCAUGUGUGACAUGUGCACCACGGUCAAGGCAGUAAAAACAUGUCUGACUUGCAUCACGUCGUUCUGCUCAGAGCACGUGCGCCCUCACACGGAGAACCCUCUGUUCCGCGCGCACGAGCUGUGCGAGCCGCUCUCCGACCUCGCGGAACGCCUGUGUCCAGAGCACGGGAAGCUGAUGGAAUUCUUCUGUGCGCGGCACGAGAGGAGCAUCUGUAGCAGCUGUUUGCAGCAGAGUCAUAAGGAGUGCGGGUUCUCCACCCCCAGCGAACAGCGCACGAAGAUCGAGACGGAUCUGAGGGACAAGCUGAACUUUCUGGAUGGGAAAACGGAAAAGAACCAGAAGGUCAUAACAGAGAUGAGGGAGCAGCAAAAUAGGCUCAAGGAGAUGUCGGUGGUGCGUAAGCGUGCUCUGGAGGCCGAGUAUCAGCAGAUCCGGGACAUGCUGCAGAGGGACGAGCGAGAGGCCAUGGAUGCUGUGGAUAAAGAAAUGGAGAGCGGCAACACCAAGCUCAACACCCUGAUCAAGAAAUUUAACCAGAACAUUCAGAAGAUGAGCUCCACCAGAGAUGAGAUCACCAACCUGUUGGCCAGAUCUCACUCUCUGGACUUCUUACAGGCAUCUGUGGAAUUGCCCUCUGUGGUGAACUUUGACCCUUUCUCCCCUCGGAUCAACCUGGACUCUAAGCGUGUCAUCGCGUACCACUCCAACAUUGUUAACCUGAAGGAGCAGAUUAAUAAAAUCCUGCGUGAGCCGGUGGAGAACAGGAUAUUCCUCCUCAAACCAGUUCCUGGAAAGCCGGGCUCUGGUGAAAGUGAGACGAGUUGCACAGGUGGCGGCGGAGCUUCAGGUAAUCCUCCAAACCCGAGGGAACCUGGUCCUGCCCCACGUGAAGACUUUGGAUCACAGCCCAAAGGUGGUCCUGGAGGAUCAAGGAGGAGACCACAACCGAGAGACAAAAAGGAGAACCGAGAUCACAACGAGCGCAAAGAUCCCAGAGAUCACGAGCGCAAAGAUCCCAGAGAUCACGAGCGCAAAGAUCCCAAAGAUCAUGAGAGCAAAGUUCACAAAGUUCACAAAGAUCCCAAAGCAGAAAAAAGUAGACGAGGUGCUAGCAAAGGAAUGAAUUCGGCGUUGUCCAGGAGCAUGGACCAUCUGGAUAUGGAUAUGACUAUCAGACCUCCUGUUCAGGUUCCAGUGGAUAGUCCGCCGUCAACCAUCAGCCAUGCUAUAAGGAGUGAACUGCUGAAGUAUGCCACCAUGCUCACCUUUGACUUCAGGACGGCACAUAAACGAGUGGCUCUCUCUGAGAACAACACCAAAGCGUCCGUAUCAGACGAUCCGUCUCCGUACCCAGACAUCCCACCUCGCUUCACCGUGUGCUCGCAGGUGCUCUGUAAUCAGAGCUUUUCUCACGGCCGUCAUUACUGGGAGGUUAAAAUGAGCAGCAAUAACUUCUGUGGUUUGGGUCUGGCGUACGGCUCCAUCGAUCGGAAAGGUCCUUCCAGCCGUCUGGGCCGGAACACGCAGUCCUGGUGUAUCGAGUGGUUUAACAUCAAGCUUUCGGCGUGGCACAAUAGCAGCGAGACCGUGCUGACCAACCCGAACCCGAGCCGCGUGGGUGUCCUGCUCGACUGUGAUAACUGCACCGCCACCUUCUAUAACGUGCAGGACCGCGCCUACCCCAUCCACACCUUCGUCUUUCCUUUCUCCCAGCCCGUGUACCCGGCCUUCUGGAUCUUCUCCAGCGGCUCAUCUCUUACACUUUGCAAACUCAAUAAUUAACACUGCAUUAUAACUGUGUAGUGUUAGUUAGCAAAGUAUGGUGUACAACAGAGAUCUGUGUAUUCACUCUGAUAUAUAACUCCCUAUAUAUAAAUAAUAACUCCCUAUAUAUAAAUAAUAACUCCCUAUAUAUAAAUAAUAACUCCCUAUAUAUCCCUGAGAUACAGAAAUAUUCAGAUUUAAACGUUUAAAAAGAUUUUAUAGGUUCAGUCAAUAUACUAGUUGUUGAAAUCAGUGGUUGUGGUGAUUGUACGACUGAUUAACGUUUGGUUGAUUCUGAUUGUUUAAUAUCAUUAUAAUACCUAAUAUCUCGCUACCUGUCGUUCACACUAGCACCGAUAAGCUCGUUAUCGAGGUCAUAUAGAUAUUAAAUGAAGGCCAAAGCCCAGAAUGUAUAACUACAUGGGACGUGUAAUGGUCACUUUCUAGUGUGAACAAAAGGUAAAGCGACUCGGGUUUGCGGUUUUAUUUCUAAAUGAUCAUUAAGUGAGGAAUAAAGGAGAGUCAAAUUAGUAAUCCAGGUAUUUUAAAGGUUCGGAUGCUAACGGCUGUCCUGUGGGUAAGAUCUAUAAUAUAAUGCGAGUAAUUUAAAGCAUUAUUAAUUCAUGUAUUGAAUUUUUUUUGUCUCUUGCCUGUAGAUGUUUACUGAUGAUCAGCUCUGUUUGUCUGAACCCUGAGGGUUGAGUCAUUUACUUCACACACAGCUUUUAUUGAUAGCAGGCAAACCAGGCCGAAGUUCACGUGCUAGAGAGCAGAAGAAUCAAUAAGAUUUCUGUGACAUUGAUCUCGGGGUCGACAAACAUCUGUAGGACGUGAGACUGAGCUGAGCUGUAGGACGUGAGACUGAGCUGAGCUGUAGGACGUGAGACUGAGCUGAGCUGUAGGACGUGAGACUGAGCUGAGCUGUAGGACGUGAGACUGAGCUGAGCUGUAGGACGUGAGACUGAGCUGAGCUGUAGGACGUGAGACUGAGCUGAGCUGUAGGACGUGAGACUGAGCUGAGCUGUAGGACGUGAGACUGAGCUGAGCUGUAGGACGUGAGACUCAGUGUUUAACAGAGUUAUACAUCACUCUGCUGUGGAAGUUCAGGUGAAUGUUGGCACUUUAUCUGCAUUUUAUUGCCUUGAUGGUAGGGGUGCCAUUAUAUCACCACGCAACCACACACACAGAAACCCCUCCUCCCCCCGAGAGACAUCGCAUUUUAAAAUAGAGGUCAAACGAGCAUGUGCUGAAGUUCAGUUCUGUCUCACAAUAAUAACCAGACAGGUAACGAUCGCCAUGACGACUUUGAUAUACGAUGAACCGCUUUGUGCUUCUGGAAAGGGCUUAAUGAUGAAACUGGAGCUUUUUAAGAAGCUAAGAGUAAUUUUCUGUCUGGUGCGCAAGUGGGUCAAGAAGGUAGAGAAGAUGCAGCUUGUUUCGUUAUAAUGUCUGGAUUUUCAGAUGAAGAGUUCUGGGCUUUGUGUUCUAGGAACUAGGAAGUGGUUAAUCUAAAUCUCGUCUCUUCCUCAAGUUAAGAAGCCUUCGCUGUUUACGGAAGCUCGGUUUGUAUGUAGAUCCCAGGUGGACAGUUGGACCUGGUGAUGGAACGAGGGUUUAUAUCUUCUAACACUCUGUAGAGAACACAGAGAGUUCUGACAUGCUAAACUCUGUGAGAGGAUGAAACUCUGUGCGCUCUUGUGUUAACAUGUUCGGUUCGUUUUGUCUUAACACACUCCAGAGCUGAGCUGACCAUGUGUGGAGUGAAGGGAACAUCACUUUAUAGCAACAACAUGAGCGUUUGUCUUUGAUGCUGUUGGAGUACAUCAUAGGAACUUCUUCAAGUAUUCUGAGAACAUAUUAUAAUCUCAUCAUCUUGUAAUGUCACAAGCCGAAAUCUUGUGAUGUAUCUGAUUACGUCACACGCCCGAGUACGACGGGUACGUCGUGGACAGACGGAGCUUUAAGGCUGUCUCGUCAUGUUGCGGUGUAGCUCGUGAUUGAGAGACAUUAAGAUUGAAAGCUUUGACUGUUUGUGUCUCGGAUUAUCAGGUUCAGGUAACUUUAAAGUGCCUGGAUAUCCUGAUGAGGACGGCGAGACCCGGGCGGUUCGACUACCUGGGUGAUGACGGUAUGAAUUUAAUAUUCAUACGAGCCCGGAUGUCACCUAGCGCUCCAUCAGACACGGCUGAUAAUUCCGCUUAGGACAGCCACUGAUGUGCAAACUGUGAGCACGAGCGACUGAGCGUUUAUUUACUGAUCAUCAUUCGUUCUAAGAGAAACCGGAGAACUGAUCCGGGAUCAGGAGAAAGCGUCUGAUCUACUGACGCCGAUCAGAAGUAGACCUCGGUCAGACAUAGAUGACUCAAACACACACAGACUUGUUGGUUCUCCUUUAGGGUAAAUUGAGUUUCAAAUCUUUCUCCGUUUCUCACGUGUUCGGGUCUCGUGUUCACUGUAUAUAAUUAUUACAUUUUGUGUCUGUAUCGUGAUUAAAAUGUGCAGUGUUUCAUGUCGUGAUUAUAAUAUUAACACGAUAUUUCGCUUCUUCUUGUUCACAUUUAAACAAACAUUUAACAGAUUUACUGUCUGUCCUUCACUCCGUUAACGCAGAACGAUGGAAUAUUUCUGUUCUGAUGAUUUAACACAAAUCUGAAGUUCUCCAGUUAACCAGUUUCUUAAAUCAGAAAUGUCUCUUCUUUAUGUAACUGUGGAAAAUCUCCCUUUAUUGUUCUGUAAUAACGACAAUAAACACACGUGCAUCCA